GCGUCAACUCCCCAGUCCCCCCACCAUCAUCGUUCUACAGAGGAAGAAAGGGGGAGACGGGCAGCCUGUACAGAACGUUGUAAGUGUAGUUUUUAUUUAUAUCGAAUAUUAAAAUACAUAUAGAUAGCUUAAGUCUGUGCCGGUCUGACUGCUAACAACGCUCAACCUUGCCCCGGCUUUAGUUCGAACAAAUAUGAGCGGCAGCGGGCGGGCCAGGACCAGCUCAUUCGCUGAGCCUCCCGGAGCUCCCGGAUCCGCUGCAGCCGGUGCCGGAUCAGCAGUAGCCGGUGGAAGCUCGACAGGAAAAACUGGGGCUUCACAAGCCAGUGGAAGCAGCUCGACGAGCUUUGGGAAUUUGAAACUGCCUAGAGACAGUGGCAAAGUGACGACAGUGGUAGCCACACCUGGCCAGGGCCCCGAUCGCCCACAGGAAGUGUCCUACACAGACAUAAAGGUUAUAGGAAAUGGCUCCUUUGGAGUGGUCUACCAGGCUCGCCUCAUUGACAGCCAGGAGAUGGUGGCAAUUAAGAAAGUUCUCCAAGACAAGAGGUUUAAGAAUAGGGAGCUGCAAAUUAUGAGGAAAUUGGACCACUGCAACAUUGUGAGGCUACGUUACUUCUUCUACUCCAGCGGGGAGAAGAAAGAUGAGGUGUAUUUGAAUCUGGUGCUGGACUACGUCCCUGAGACAGUGUACAGGGUAGCUCGGCACUUCAACAAAGCCAAGACUACCAUCCCCAUCAUCUAUGUUAAGGUGUACAUGUACCAGCUGUUCCGCAGUCUGGCUUAUAUCCAUUCCCAGGGCGUGUGUCACAGAGACAUCAAGCCCCAGAACCUCCUGGUGGACCCAGAGACAGCCAUCCUCAAACUCUGUGACUUUGGCAGUGCUAAGCAGCUAGUACGGGGGGAACCGAAUGUGUCCUAUAUCUGCUCACGGUACUAUCGUGCCCCAGAGCUCAUCUUUGGUGCCACCGACUACACGUCCAACAUUGACAUCUGGUCAGCAGGCUGUGUGCUGGCUGAGCUGCUGCUGGGCCAGCCCAUCUUCCCUGGGGACAGUGGUGUGGACCAGCUAGUAGAGAUCAUCAAGGUUCUGGGGACACCAACAAGGGAGCAGAUCCGGGAGAUGAACCCUAACUACACAGAGUUCAAAUUCCCACAGAUCAAAGCACACCCUUGGACAAAGGUGUUUAAGCCUCGUACCCCACCAGAGGCCAUUGCCCUCUGCUCUCGACUGCUGGAAUACACGCCGGUGACCAGGCUCUCUCCUCUGGAGGCAUGUGCGCACGCCUUCUUCGAUGAGCUGCGCCAGCCCAACACCCGUCUGCCCAGUGGACGAGAACUGCCGCUCCUCUUCAACUUCAGUCCCGUUGAGCUGUCUAUCCAGCCCCAGUUGAACUCCACACUCAUUCCUCCUCACGCUCGUGCACAGACAUCGCCUGCCUCACAUGAGGGCAGUGUGUCAGACAGUACCGCCCAGCCCAGCUCAGCACCUGGAUCCAUCAACAACAGCACCUGAGCAUCCAUCCCUCUGUCAUCCUUUCUUUUUUGUCUUCCCCAUUUUCCUUUUCUCUCCACUGCUCUUCUCCCUCUCUCAACUUUCCUCUUGGCUCCAAACCCUUGAAAAUAGAAAAAAAAGAGAGAAAACUAUACACACACCCAUAUAAACACUCAGCAUUGCUAUUUAUCCUGAAUGUUAACCAUUUCAAAUAGAAAGCGAUUUCCGUGGCUGCUCGCUUCAGGAAGAUGUGGGUUGUUUUUAAGGACAUUUAGGUAGCCAUGCUUGGGCUUAAUAUAAGCUGCAGUCCUAAGUCCAGGGUGGCCCUUGUCUGGCCUAUUAGAUUAAAGAAACAUUACAAUGAUUGGGUAGGAUGUUUGGGAGAUGAGGAGGGGGGUUGUACAUGUUGUGUGGAUUUUCUGCAUUGACUUUUAUCCCUUUUAUGUUCUUUUUAUUUGCAUUAGCUAAUUUUAUGUGUGGCCGUGGUGCCAUUGAAUGGGGUCCUGAUUGGCUAUGGAGUUGAGAAUGAGGGCCGCGUGUAAGGCCUGACUAAUAUUGACAAUCAUCCUUAGUAGGGUCAAAAAUGGCACACUUGUACUGUACAUAGUGUUUGAUUGUACGACCCACUGUGUAGACUAGUGGCUCCUUGUCACUUUCUUCUCUGAACUCUGCUCAAGUACUGUUGGUUCACCCAGCCCAGUGGUGAACAAAUGUGAAGAUUUUUUUUUUUUUUUAAUCUCCCAGUUUGAUACCCACACAGAACAUAUUGGCUAAGUUGUCCAUGUCAUUUUAGAUAAGAGGUGGUUUUAAAUUUUAUCACAAAGCAGGGCACCACAGCCUGUCUUUACAGUUUCUUUUCAAAUAUUAGCUCCUCAACUGCCUUUUAUGUGAAUGAGAGGGAGCUUUAUAUGAGCACAUGUCUUCAGUUUCUUCAGUAUAAGCUCAUGUUGUCUUUGGUUAAGCUGGAAACCAAGCGUUUCAUAUUGAUUCUCAAGUGAGUAUUGCACAUCUCCAAAGGGAGAAGAGGGGAAGCAAAAGGAGUGAGUUAUGUGUACUGUCCAGCUGUGAACACAACCUCACACAGAGGGAGCCGAUGGUGUGGGGCUCCAGUCGCAUCUAAUACAGAAGCCUCAAUGUCUCAAAUGUCAUACACGCAGCUGCCUAGCACUGUAGGGUGAAUAGUCACCUCAUGAAUUAUGUCACUUUUACGGUGUUGCGUUUCAUAUCAGCUUGAUUAUGUUUAAGAAUUACUGUCUGUGCAGGAGAAUGACUCUGUGAGUGAAUUUUGUUUGCCAUGUGUAUGAGAGAUGUGUCCAAAACCCCGUUUCGCCCCUCCCCAAACAGCCUGCCUGCAACGCUCAUAUCACGUUCUUCUUGUCCUAUAACGGUGGUAGGAACUGAUCACGAAUGAUUUCGCGCAGCCUAACUGUCGGUCCACUGUCGGCACAGACUAGUUUCUUUCUUCCACCAGGCAAACGUGCAUGUUCAGCCCAAGCUGACCACACUAUAUUACAUCCACUAAUAUCAGUAAUAAUCUGACCAGAAAUGAUGCUCAAACCCCUGAAACACAACAGCUUUUGGAGCCUCCCCCCCGAUUCCUUUUUGCCCUCAUCCCUCUGCCUUCUGCUUCCGUCUUUCCUCCUCCUUUUUUCACUGCUAAACUGUAAAUAUCAAGUACCUUUUAUUUUAUUUUGUUAUUUUUGUUAUUAUUGUUAUUAUAUUGUUGUUCUUGUAAUUUUUUUUCUCUAGUAGACCGGCGCAGCAGCAGCCGGACUGUUUAUCCUCAGUCGCAGUCUGUAAAUACGAUUUCAUUUCAGUCCCUGGUUCACGAGGGGAAAAACAGAACAAAAUGUUUCAUUUUUAUUCUCUCUCCCUCCAUUUUUCUCUUCACAACUUUCCCUUUUCCCUCAUAAAUGUUGUCAUAACUGUUUUAUUUAUUGUAUUGUGUUUUUUUGGAGGGUGGGAGUGGGGGAAUCUUUUCUUUUCCACUGGGGUGGUAAAAAUUGAGGGAUUUGUUUUUUUGUUUUUUGUUUUUUUGGUUUGUUUUUUAAUUCCAAAUUUUAGUCCAGCAAUGUCACAUGCAAAAUGAUUUCACAUCCAAGAUACUGUACUCAGAUCCAGACGUUGGAGUGUGCUGUUCAAUCCGUGUGUACACAGCCGCGCAUGCUCGCCAACAGGUGAAACUCCAGUUUUCCAUUUAACUUCAAUGUGAAGGGAAUGUUACAAACCUCUGGAUCUAUGGGGUCGUGGUGUUGGGAGGGACUGUGUAUCACCCGGUGUGUGUGUGUGUGUGUGUGUGUCUGUGUGUGUCUGGAGGAAAAGGAGAAAUAUGAAUCUGUCCAUUGACAUGUAUCAUCUCCUGUGUCCAACCGUCUCCUGUUUUCCCUCGCUGUGUGUUGUGUGAGUGUUACGGGGUUUGACCUGUUGACAGCGUGUGUGUGUUUCACAGAUACUUGUCGAGUUUCUUGAGCACAGCUGCAGGGAAUGUAUGUGCGUUUGUGUGUGUGUAUGUGUGCGUGUUGGCAAACCAUAGACAUUACUCUCUGUAUUUUCCUAAAUGAAGAGCUGACGAUAUGUGCUAUUUUAAUGUUUUUUUUUUUUGUUUGUUUGUUUCAAUCUUCCAAUCUGUCACACUCAGUUUUUAAUUUGCUGUGACCCUGCUCUUUUAUCACCCUUGUCUGAGGGGAAAAAUGUCAUUGUUGGGAACAGAACGGUUGGAUAAAGGAGAUGAUGAACAGAGAGGGAUGGAGGGAGAGAGACAGUUUUUGUUUGUUGGUAUAAAUAAUUAAACUCAUUAAUAAAGUGAUGAAACUGU